AUGAAGGGCCGUCCGGUAGACGCGCUCGUCUUCGAGCAAAUGUUUCCCAAGGCACGCUCGCAGGACCCUCAGAACUUCCACGCCCUCCUGCAGCGAUACCUGAUCCUCGAGGUUCGCCAGGAGGUCCACGCCUUCUAUGGCCACCUCGAUACCCACGAAGCCAAGUACCCAGGGCUUGACUACAACAACCCUACACACCGCACCCGACUCAGCAGAUGGCAAUGGCACCGCCGCCUCUUUAGGGCCUUCGACGCCCUGCGCCUGACCCCCAACGAGAUCUCGGGCCUGACCAAGUGGGAGGGAACUAGGUGGGCAAAGGAGAGGUACGAGCGCGAACAAAACUGCAACAUCCGCGACACCGCUAUGGAUGGCUUGCCCGUCUGGACCGGCGAGCCCCAGCCCAGGCGUGCCCACCAGAGCAGCUCUGCCGUCACUCGCGACCGUUCCCUGGCCUCCGCCGCCAACGACCAUAACGAUGACGACGAUGACAACUCCAUGGCCGGGGCUGAAGGCGAGGACAGCGAAGGCGAGCUGGAGAGCGUGGGCGUGGCCCUCAACCAGCAGCUGCGGGAACGCGUGGCCGCCAGGAGUGGUGGUGACUUCUCCGUGCCCCUGGAUGAGGCCUGGGAGCAGUGGUUUAAGAACGCCGUUGAGUCGGGCGAGAUCUCUGCCCUGCGCGAGAGGCAGCGCAUGGUCGACAGCGUACGCGCUGGGAACUGGGACAGCGUUCCCGAGUCCCUGCGGCCCAUGCUCCGUGCCAUGAUCAUGGCUGACCAGAGA